CAAUGAAUAGAGAGGCUUAGACAUUGGUGGAUGUAUCUGUGCACUGCGCAACUACUCAAUGGUUUCAUCCCUGCCCAGCGAACGAACAAGCGAACGGCCGAGCAAAACAGCAGACUCGAAAGGCUUUUCCUCCGCACAGCUGAUUCAAACCUCAACGCCAGUGACCGCCAUGUAAUGGCGCGCCCGUCUCUCCGCUCAUGUGGCUCCGGGAGGACGUCGAGUUACAAUAUACUGGUCAGCAGUCGAAAGUCUAUGAACUAAUUGCAUCAAUUGAGACAUCUGACCGUACAAGACAACGGCAUGAAAGGCAUGGCAUCCAGAAGCCCGCAAUGAUUAUUGAAUCCCGCGAUCAAGCCCUGUCUCGACAAGAGAAAGCAGCACCGCGAAGCUGGUUCAUCGAGUUCCUCGAAGAGCCUGCGGCAAAAGUUCAAUCUAUGUUUCGUCUCGGCUGGCGAGACUCGACUUCGUCCUCGAAGCGGGGACUAAGAGAAGGCUGCACUUCUCAGGAAUGGGGAACAUAUCAUGCCACUGGCCACUCCUGGAGCAUGGAUGGCCCGCGCGCGAAACACGCAGCGCAACUUAAGAUCUCAUCCGAAGACACCAGAUCUUCCAAUGGUCGAACAUGCAUAUGCUACUGCAUUUCAGCUUACAAGCACAACAGCUUAUAUUUUAUAUUCAUGGGGACAAGCACGAUCUAUGUUGUAUGGCCCAUUGAUGACCAAGGAGGAGCUGUGGCAAUUGUCAGCCGCCGGAGUCUGUCCAAGUCAAGCGCAGCCAAACUCAGUGAAGCAAUCGUGGCAUGUCUUCAUCACGCCAUGAAAGAGCGAACCUACCGAGGCAAAACAAUCUGAGCAGACAUUCAAGAGUAUCGUCAUCAGCAGCAGUAGCUGAACACAUGUGCAGGAUAUCAGAACCG